GCCCGGCCGGCAGCAUGGGGCCCAUGGCGGGCUCCCAGCCCCACGUCAAGGCCGUGCGGCUGCACCGCGACGGGCCGAACCAGCCGUGGGGCAUCCGCCUGGUGGGCGGCGUGGACCUCAACGCGCCCCUCGUCAUCACGCGGUGCAUGGUGGGCAGCCCCGCCGAGGGCGUGCUGCACCGCGGUGACGUCAUCCGGAAGGUGAACGAGUACGACUCCAGGGACCUGCGGCACAAGGACGCGCAGCAGCUGUUCAGGAGCGCGGGCAACACCAUCGACCUCGUCGUGCUGAGGGAUCCGCUGGCGGUGCCCCCACCCAGCACCGCGGCCAGCUCCCGCGCCAGCAGCGUCGCUCCGACCACGCCGACGCCCUCCUUCGCCGCGCUCAACGCCCACUCCCCCGUCAAGGGGGGUGUCGCUACCCCCUUCGCCGCCGCCAUGUCCCUCCGGAGUCCGCACCCCGACGACUACCCCGCCACGCACGUGUUCGACGGCGUGCACCACCGCACCGACGAGGACAUCCUGCCCAUCCACAACCAGCCCUACCGCACGACGCCCCUGGUGCUGCCCGGGGCCAAGGUCAAGAAGGAGGACAACGUGACGGAGUGCUACUUGCGGCACCACCCCAACCCCAUGAUGCGCGCACCCCCCGGCCACGGCGGCGACUGGCUGCCCGCCGACGUCGUCAUGAAGCAGAAGGUGGCGGACACUGUCUUGCAGCGUGUGGUGCCCUCCGACCCCCACAGACACGUCGUGAACCGGCCCUUCAACACCCCCAUCGGCCUGUACUCCGAACAAAACAUCGUCGACACCAUCCACAAGACGCUGGGCACUCCGAACAAUGCGAGUCUAGGAAGCUCCAGCAUUCGACAGGCGCCUAAAGUCGGCCUGAAGCCCACCGUCGUCUACGACCCUGCCAAGUCCGAGACCUACAAGUUCCUCCAGGAGCAGGAGCUGGGCGACCACGUGCAGGAAGUGACCGUGCCCCCACAGCCCAAGGUCUUCGCCCCCAGCAAGGUGCCCGUGGCCAUGAGGAAAAUCCCUGCACCGACUCAGAGGGUUCACCAGAAAACCAUUAGCACAGCACCUAAUCCGUAUUACCAAGUAAAUACCAUGGGGGUGCCAGCCGAGCGUAUCCAGCAGAGCGGCUCCUUCAACAGACUCAUGCACAUGGUCAUGAACGACAUGUAGUGUGUGCCGCCCACCACCAGCCCUCCGCGCUCCGAGCCCCCCACCCCGACCCUCGACGGCUCACCCACCGACCAUCGCACAGAAGCCCCUCCGGACCUCCGGACUGCCCCCCGGAAACUGACUCUGAUACCACCUAACGUUGUAGCAAACUCGUAGUAGCUGCUGUGAUUGUCCUGCUUGUUUGAAAGGGUGCCAAGGCUCAAGGUUAAUUUUUUAUUUUCUUAUUGGAGCAGUAUCUGACCCCGGUUGAGACUUGCCGUCAUAGGAUGGAUUGCCUAGCACGAUGCCAAGUUGAAAGAAAGGCCUGGACUGUGGCCUGUCAGUGUGUGAGCCGUGGAAUGAUUGCACUCCAUGGGCUGUUCGUUCUUGUGAUCGACUGAGAGCGCCAAAGACGUUAAAGUAUUCUGUGAAGUACAUGCAUUUUACUGCCGAUAAGUCAGGGUUAAAUGUUGUGCAACCACCAAAGAAGAGGAGAAAAUCUUUGGCUUUAUAAUAUUUGAUUCGCAUCCCAGACUGUACAUAGUUCUAGAAGUCUUCCAAAUCGCUUUAUGAAAGUAAUUUGAAUGACAUCAAAGCAUGCUUAUUCUCAUGUAUUCACUUAUAAUAAUUAUUGCAUCUAAGUUAGUUCAGUUUAUUCAAUGACGCUUACUUAAAACUAAUUGUGAAGUCACACAACUUCAUCACACCUGAGAAGCGGUUUGAAUCUGUGCAGAUCCUAGCAAAUAAACCUGAUGUUUGUAGUAUACUCAACAAACUUUCAUGCAAUGCAGGCAGGCCUCAAUUGACAAAGUAUAUAUUUUCUGUUAUUUAUUUUGUAUGUGUUGAGAUCCCAAUUUAUUUCUAGUUUACUAAGUAAGAUAAAUUAAAUGAGUGUACAUUCUAGUCAAAAGUGUAUGCGACUGUUGUCACCUCUGCUUGGGAAGUUAUCUAUUUAUCUCCCAAAGCAGAAGAUUCAUCGCAGUCUUGGGUCCUUGUUCAGAAGCAAGCAUGCUAAUCAAUUUCUUCGUUCAAGCAAAUGGAGAUUUACAGCAUGCCUGUUUGUGAACUGAAAGUGUUUCAAUAAUUUGUUACAAAAGUGGCUUACAAAAUAAAUAUAAUGUGGUCUUC